CAGUUUGAAAUCAAAAAAAAAGCUUCAAAUAUUUGCAAAAAUAAGCUUGAUGCUUUUUGCAUUAUAAUAUAGUAAAAAAGCUUUUAAAAAGCUAUUCACUAAAAAGUUAUUUAUUUUUUUUAUAAAUCAAUAACAACAAAGUGAUCUCAUUAAAAAGUAAAACGCUGUCAAACGAAAACAAAAAUAAAUUUUAUAUCAAAUCAAUUGGUCAUUUUAUAAGGAAUUUAAAAUGUUGGCCGCCAGAUGUUUGCGUACAGCUGCUACCAGGUAUACACAUCCAGCUCUUUGUGUUUGGUCUUCAAAUGUUAGAACUAUUCCAAUAUUAGAAGCAACUACCACUACUUGGUAUACCAGACCGUUGGCUGUGGCCUACUCAAAAGACUCCAAACCCGGAGUUAUAUUUUCAUUUUCAUUCCUAACAUAUCGUCAUUUCAACACAUCUUCGGCAUUUCAUAUUAAAGAAUCAUCGAAUACCUCAACUUCCCCUCUAACCGAAACUGACCUUAAAUCUAUUAACUCGCCCACUUCACCAUCAUCUAAUGCUACAGCUAGUGAAAAGUCACCAUCAAAAUCAUCUUCCUACUCCCCUGUCACAAAAUCAUCUUGUGCCUCCUCCGACACUAUGUCUAAAGCAGAUAAUAAAACUGAAAAAUCUUCCACAGCUUCUUUAGGUGAUACUGGUGUUAAACUUCCCAGCAAAGAUCAAGUUGAAAGUUUUUUCUUCAAAUCGCUGGUGUAUUUAUGGGAUUUUGCUUACUACGUUUUUUGUUUGUCUCACAAACUUGUGGAAAAAUAUGUUUUCAAUAAUUCUACAGUUCAACAUUAUUGGAAUCUACUGCUCAAGCGUAUGGAUGAUGCUCGUAAGGAGAUUAAAUCGAAAUAAAUGUAUUAUUAUUAUU